AAUAACAACGAAAAAAACGUGACGGACGCGAGCAGUUUGCCCUCUUUUGGUCCUCGCCGCCAAAUUCACUGAUUUCCAUCCCAGAUUCCCCCUCCGAUUCCUCCUUCAAAUCUCUUAACCCAAUCCCGUGCUGAUCCGGCCUCGUCCUCCGCUUCCGAUUGGUACCCCAUCUCGCCUUCCUUUGAUGUGCAUGACGGCUUCUAGGGUUAGGGUUUCCGUGCCUCGAUUUCGAUCCCCAUCUCCGGAUCUUGUUUCAUCAAUACGUUCUUCGAUCGGCCUGCUGCCUUCGCCGUAGCUCGAUUGAUCCCGAUUCGCUCUUUGGUAGGUAGAUCGAAAUCGAAUCUAGGGUUAGGGUUUGAUUCGGGUUCUGGAUCCGCUAGGUUGCUGAGACCCGUUUCCUACAUCUUUUCUUCCAUAAUCUUCGUCUGCAUUUUGCCGCGUUUCCCCUCUUUCAAUCUAUUGUUAUCUUUUGUGAAGCCGGAAUCUCCCCGAUUCCGCCUGUUUCUCCGGGGGUGGGGCAUAUCACGACCAUCUUUAGAAUCAAUCGAUAGGUCUUAUUUCCGGAAGAAAUUAGGACCUAGGAUUUGCAAUUUUUUUUUAUCACUUUGAAUUCUGGGAGUUUCAGCUUGUUGGUAGGUUAAUACAUAUUUUUCUUCUUGUUUUUCUCAAAUUUCUUUAAAUCUGUGUUAUAUAGCAACCUAAAUUUUGUUGAUUGAUGUCCCAGGGCACACUAGUUCUUUUUGGUGGAUUACUCCUUAAAAGGUUAAAUAUGGUGUUCAACCAAAAUGGACAGCCAUUUUCUGGUCACAUGUCUGACCAAUUUGCUUAUGAACAUGAAAGACAUCUGGCUUAUGAUGAUCAACUUUCACCAUUUGCUGAAGAUUCUGCAUGUGAGGCUAUCCCUUCAAAAUCACAAUCUUCUGAUGAAGAGCAGAAGGGUUUCUCGAACUGCCACAAAGAUUUUGAGAAUGUGACUGCUGAUCCUCCCUAUGACAACCUUCGUAGUGAUCUCAAUGGCAAUCCUAGCUUUUCAUGGAUGGUGGUCAACAACAGUGAAGUCAUUUGGUCAGAAAAUGGCAAAAGGCUGUUUUGUGAUGACGAAACUUGCCUAUAUGCAAGGAAGCAUUCAAAGCAAUUGGGUUCAUUUGAAGACAACCGCUUCCUUGCCUUUGAGAAACCACCUUUAGCUGCUGCUGCUGCUGAGGACUUUAAAGAUACAAGAAUCUCUGUUGCUGUGGAUGCUAUUAAUCAGGCAACUACCAGCCAUUGUGUUGCACAGGGUAAUAGCAGAGAAGCUGGUUUGGACACUGCUCGAGAACCUUCCCAUCAUAGUUAUAUGGGUAAUAUCCAUCAAGCAGUUGAAUUUGAUCAAGUUGAAGAGAUCUGUUCACCUGUUUUUGAUUACUUCAAAAGGAAACAUGUUGCUAUUGGAGUGAAUCAUCAGGUUGAUAUUCCAGAGUGGAGAUCUAAUAACCAUAUUGGGGAUUAUGAGGAUUUUGCUUCCACAUUGCCUUCCAAGACAACUCCACCGUCAUCAAAUCAUGUAGUUGAUGAAGUUGAAAGUGAUAGAUGGGUCGGGACAUGCGCAAUGCCAUUACCUGAAUCUGCUUUAUUGGCUUCAAAUGUUUUAGUCUUGCAAUGCAAGGACUGCGGAUGCGCAGAUGAGGGUUCAAUAAGAUGUGUGAGGCAGCACGUGAUGGAAACAAGAGAAAAGCUGAAGAAACAGUUAGGUCAGGACAAGUUUAUAGAGUUGGGUUUUGGCGAUAUGGGUGAGGUUGUAGCUCAAAAAUGGACCGAAGAGGAGGAACAGUUAUUCCAUGAAAUUGUUUUGUCAAAUCCUGCAUCAUUGGGCAAAAACUUUUGGGAUAAACUGCCUCAGGUGUUUCCAGCUAGAAGUAGUAAAGAACUAGUAAGUUACUACUUCAAUGUUUUCAUGCUUCAGAAGAGAGCUAAACAGAAUAGGUUGGACCCCCUGCAUGUAGACAGUGAUGAUGAUGAAUGGCAAGAAAGUCAUCAUGGUGAAUUUGCAAUGGGAGAAGAUGAAGAUUCUGUAGUGGAGUCUCCUCUGGAAGAUGAAGAUGAAGAUGAAGAUGAAGAUGAUGAUGAUGCUGGUGAGGAAGAUGAAACCGAGGAGGAAGAAAUAUCUGAAACAGCUGAUGACAUAGAGAAUUGUGAUUUUUAUGCCCUCGCUAGGAACAAUGAAAAAGGGACCUGUGGUGCUGUGAAAGGGUGCAUUUCUAGUCAGACAAACCUUAUCUCUAACAUGCAGUUCACAGAAAGCAGUCUGUAUAAUUGUACAGAGGAGCAAGACAUUCAAGAUGAUUCAUGCACAUCCUUUGAGGGCCAUUAUAUUGGUUCUGAUUCCUGUGAUCCUCUCGGUAUCUUUGACCUUCAACAUGGUUUGAAUGCGGAUCAUGAUUUCUGCAAAGAAUACCAGAAUGAUAGUUUAAGUCGGUUAACAGAUGAUGGGUUCUAUGAUGGCCACUGUGAUCCAAAAGCAUGGGAUAUGAGUUAUAGCUGUGGGGCAGAAAAAGAUGAUUUCUUAUCAACAAAUAACCUGAUAGAGGAGGUGUUUGGAAAAGAACCUGGCGACGACAAAUGAAGAGAAAGGCGGUUAUGGUUCAUGCCAAUAUGACUAGUCUUGGAUAUUUUUUUUUCCUUUUUCCUUGCUUUACCUUGUAUCGCCCACUAUGAUUGAUAUCCCAAUUGAGUAAAUUCUUAUGACUCCCA